CUAACGCUGGGCCAUGGGUAUGAAAUACACAAAAUGGUUCGUCAGCUAAAACAUCAACCAAUAAUUUUGGCGUUUCUUUUAAUACUUUCCACACUUGUGGCAGCAACGCACUCUUUCGAGGUUGAAAGUAUAGAGCAUGUUGAAAAAUUUAAACCCAGUAUUUUCAUUGAAAAAUUGGCGCCAGAACAGGCAAACCAAAUAUUUCGUAGCCCUGUAGAGGUGGCUACAAACCAUACUGGAUUACAUAUUAUGUGGCGGAAAUUUGUGGUACGUGUUACUUCGGAGAUGCAUUCGUCGGCGUUGUCAAAAAGUUUUGGCAUAACAAAUAUGCCGAGUGGAGAGGAUAUGUCUCCCAUUAUUGCGAAGCGAAUAAAAUUAAUGAAUAUUGCCGCAGAAGUUGAGUUCGAGAAUCGUAUCAUUAAUGGUGUACUUACCUUCAUGAAGAUAUUAUUGGCUUUGGAUAUUCUGAUACUUGUUGGAGUGUUUGGAAUGCUUAUCAGUGGUUUUGAUAAAACUAAGGCGUCUGUCAAAGAUGAAGUGGUUAAAGUGUAGAAAAUAGUUUUAAUUUACUUUCAAAUUCUAAAUAUAAUCAAACACUAAAUAUAUACAUAGAUUUAUUAA